GCCAUGCCGCGGCCGGAGCUGCGCGGGCGGCUCCGGUACCGGGGCUGCGGGCCGGGCCCCUGGCUGAGCCUCCUGCACGUGCGGGUCUCGGCGGCGGCGGCGCGGGCGCUGCGCGGCUGCGGUCGGCGGCAGGGGGCGCCGGGGCCCGCGAUCGCCUUCCAGGGCAGCCGGGGGUGCCUGACGGUGCCGGCAGGCCCCGGGACCCCCCCGCGGCUCUUCGCCUUCUCCCUCUCCCGCUGCAGCCGGGACGAACGAGGGGCCAGCUUCGAGUGCGCGCGGCUGGCCGUGCCCCGAGCCACAGGCACAGACGGGUGGGAGCACUGCCCAGGGGUGCGCUCCCACCAGUCGGGUUCGCUCCCGCUCUUCUCGUCACGGUCCCCGAUGGCCCUGGCCAAGCAGCCUGGUGCUUUCGGGGCAAAUGGUGUCAACGGCUCCCAAGGCCAGCGUGACGGGCCUGCCAGGGAAGGGCUCUGUCGCCAUGUCCCCGAGAGCAGAAACCACAGACCUGCAACAGCCAGCCCCAGGGCGUCUCUUCAAAGCCUGGUUCAGCCCCGGGCCCUGCGGCCUUUUCGCAAGCACGAGCUCCUGCGGCGGCUGGAGGGGAUGCCGGCGGGCAGGCGCAGUGGGGCACGGCUGCUGGCAGCACUGGAGGAGGUCGCCGAGCUGGAGCCGGCUGCCUGCUGCUGCUACCCCCUGAAGGGGGCCCUUGUGCCAGAGAACUGGCCAGGGAACACGGUGCAGGAGCGGCAGCAGGCUGCCCUGCUGCAGCGCAGGGAAAUACUGUACCAUCUCCUCAGUGGAGCAGUUGCAGAAGCUUAUGAGGCAGCUUUUAGUGCAGACUACACAGAGUACUGCAAUCUGCACGCUUGCAUUGGUAACGUGAGCUGGAAAUUUAUUCAACUGGGAGCCAAAAUGAAGAUGUUGAAACAAGGAACGGAGGGGUUUCAGGCACUUGAAGCUACAAUUGUGCGUGAGUCCAGCCACUUCAAGAAGACUUAUCCUAGCUACCAGCAGGAGAAGCAGCGCUGUGAAUACCUCCACCAGAAGCUGUCUCAUAUCAAUAGCCUGAUUCUACAGUUUGAAGGAAGCGGGAGCUCCUAG